UACAGAAGAUACUCAAUGCCAUCAACCUUAUUGGCGCAAAGUUGCCAUGUUGCGUCACCACAAACAGCCCGCUUCAGAUGCAUGAUGUAAUAUCAUUAGGAUGUUCAUGGCAUUCUCGCCAGGAUAUCGAGAUUUACUUAUUUGCCCAUCUUUUCAUUCUGCAUUUCUUCAUUCUUUUGACUUGAUUAUUUUCGCCCUUCUCAUACCCAACUCCUAUCAAAACCAAAAUAAUGCAGUCCGUUGUUGGUGUUACUAUGCAAAAAGCAGGAGAAGCGGUAGCUUCAGCUAUGUCGUCUAACAAGAAGGUCGCAGAUAUGCAGCCAGAAAUCAGAGAACCCAGUAAAAACAAGUGUCUUACCAGUGACUUUGGUGUUAAAUCUGGCAACCAUGAUAAAUGGCUAUCUGCUUCGGAUGGUGAUCGUCAAGGUCCUUUAUUACUAGAGGACAACUUUGGCAGGGAGAAGAUUAUGAAGUUUGAUCAUGAACGCAUACCAGAACGAGUUGUCCAUGCACGUGGUGCUGGAGCUUUUGGUAACUUCAAACUUUACGAGAGUGCUAAUGUAGGUAUCUUGAUUUUCUAAAUCAUUUCUAAAAAUCGGGGUUGACAUGAAGUAUAGGAUGUUACAAGUGCCGGAGUUCUUACAGAUACCUCUCGCACGACACCAGCUUUCGUCCGCUUUUCGACUGUAUUAGGUUCUCGUGGAAGUGCUGAUACCGUGAGAGAUGUGCGAGGGUUUGCUGUUAAAUUUUAUACCGACGAGGGUAAUUGGGAUAUUGUUGGAAAUGACAUUCCUGUUUUCUUCAUUCAAGAUGCUUUCAAAUUUCCCGACAUCAUUCAUGCCGGAAGUAGGUACUUUUUCCCCAAAUAUACAUGCAUGGUUACUGACUUCCCAAAGAGCCGGAGCCUGAUAAUGAAAUACCUCAAGCCCAAUCGGCGCACAACAACUUCUGGGAUUUCCAAUUCCUACACACAGAAGCUACUCACAUGUUUAUGUGGGCCAUGUCAGAUCGAGGAAUUCCAAGGUCUUAUAGGAUGAUGCAAGGUUUCGGUGUCAAUACAUAUACUUUAACAAAUGCCGAAGGCAAACGAUCAUUCGUAAAGUUUCACUUCACCCCAACUCUAGGAGUUCAUUCUCUCGUUUGGGAUGAGGCAUUAAAGAUCGCUGGUCAAGAUCCGGAUUUUCACCGCAAAGACCUCUGGACAGCUAUUGAAAGUGGAUCAUAUCCAAAGUGGAAGUUCGGAAUCCAAGUUUGCGAGGAAAGCCGUCAGAAUGAAUUUGACUUUGACAUCUUGGACGCGACUAAAGUUUGGCCUGAAGAUAUUAUCCCGGUCAGAUACAUUGGAGAACUGGAGCUCAACAAGAACGUUGAUGAGUUUUUCUCACAAACAGAGCAAGCUGCUUUUUGCACCGCGCAUCUUGUGCCUGGCAUAGGUUUUUCAGAUGAUCCUCUUCUUCAAGGUCGCAAUUUCUCUUACUUUGAUACCCAACUUUCGCGCUUAGGUGUAAACUGGCAGGAGCUUCCUAUAAACCGACCAGUAUGCCCUGUUAUGAACAACCAUCGGGAUGGUCAAAUGCGACACCGAAUUACCAAAGGCAAGAUUAACUACUGGCCCAAUCGAGAGACUGUCAUUCCUCCAGCCAAGCAAUCUGAGGGUGCUUACUACGAAUAUCCUGAGAAGAUUGCAGCUAUGAAACAACGUCUCAGCUCUUCAAAAUUCAAGGAACACUUCAACCAAGCUCAAUUAUUCUGGAACUCAGUUUCCGAGGUUGAAAAGUCUCACAUAAUUAAUGCUCUAAGCUUCGAGCUUGAUCAUUGCGAUGAUCCUGUCGUAUAUGAACGUAUGGUUGAACGACUAACUGAUAUUGAUCUCGACCUAGCACAAGCAGUAGCCGAGAAAGCUGGUGCCCCUACCCCGACCAAAGCCGGACGUCCCAAUCACGGUAAAAAGGCAAAGGGUUUAUCACAAUUUGAUUUCACUCCCGAAGCUCUAGGCUUACCAGCAACAAUUGAAUCUCGCAUGGUUGCAAUUAUCAUUGCUGAUGGUUUCAAUUUCCUCGAAUACGAAGCCGUAAAGGGAGCACUGACCGCAGCCGGCGCUCUUCCAUUUACCAUCGGUCCCAAGAGACAACCAACCAGGAGUUCUAGCGUCAAGAGCGUAAGCGCAGAUCAUCACUUUGAAGGUAUGAGAAGUACACUGUUCGACGCCAUCUACAUUCCUGGCGGCGAACACGUCGCUACUUUACUCAAACAAGGGCGAGUAAUCCACUGGAUCCGCGAAGCUUUCGGCCAUUGUAAGGCAAUCGGAGCCACAAGUGAAGGUGUAAAACUCGUUCGAGCUGCAUGUGAAGUUGAGGGUAUGGCAUUUAGUACUUCUGGCGAAGUGGUGGAUUCGUAUGGUGUUGUGACGGCCGAGGGUGUGGGUAAAUCCGAAGAAGGAUUGAAUAUGGUGAAGGGUGCUAAGAAUUUCUUGGAUGCGUUUACGUAUAAUAUUUCGCAGCACAGGAAUUUCCAAAGGGAGCUGAAUGGAUUGACUAGUAUGGUUGCUUAUUAGGUUGGUUUUGUGCGUAGAUGGAUGAGUUGUGGUUGUGGAGAAUGGAAAAGAUGCUGGGUUUAUCCGAGCGAUCCCUAAUUUGUUCAUGUUCUGCUCGAAUACCAUAUUUUAAUGAUAAUAAUCGUGAACUGUAUCUAUUUUAAUAGUUCAAAAUUUUCCUUCUGAAAUGAUUGUCAUAUCCAUACACAGAUCACUCUUGAUAAAUACCCCUUGCUGUUGAGGCUGAGCUUCAUGAACUUCCAAGAUAUUUUUCACGAUACCGUUUGGGAAAUCCCGUGGAGACGAGAGAGUUGCGAAAAAGUUUCUAAUU